AUGUUUGCCAUCUUCAGAGACGACAAGGGCAAGAAGCUCUCUUGGCACUGGAACUGGACCAAGCAAUGGAAGGGCGACCUCGUGCCCGAGACCUCUGAGGACCUCGAAAUCGACGCAGAGUUCCUUCCGAUGAUCUGGUCUCCCGACAACAUUGACGAUGGCAUCGAGCCUCAGGAAGGCUGGCGCCUUCUCCUUGGUUUCAACGAGCCUGACCACAACAACGGUGACGUGGCAGACCCCCGCUCCCCUCAGGAGGCUGCCGAUGCCUGGGUCCGCCUCGCCGAGCUUCGUACCGACCCUGACAACCAGCACCUCGUCUCUCCCGCCGUCGCCGGCAGCGUCGACUGGCUCCACGAGUUUUUCUCUCUCAUCCCCGAGGAGACCAAGCCCGAGUACCUCGCCGUGCACGUUUACACGACUAGCAUGGACGACUUGAUCAGCAAGUUGCAGUGGUACUAUCAAGAGUUCAACUUGCCCAUCAUCUUGACCGAGUUUUGCAUGACUGCAAGUGGCUACUCUAGCUUUGAUGAGAAUGUGCCCAACCCUGAGGACCAGCAGCAGGUCCACGACUUUAUGGGCCAGGCUACCAAGUGGCUCGAUGAGUGCGACUUUAUCGUAAGGUACUGCUGGUUCGGGGCCGUCCGAGACGCCAACAACCUCCACGGUGUUCACCCCUUCAACCGUCUCAUGGAUGAGGACGGUGAGGUCACCCCCUUGGGUUGGCAGUAUAUCAACGGUGGCCACGAGGACUGA